AUGUCGAGGAGAGGAGGAGCACGAGCUGGACACUCGAUCGCUGGCACCGCGCUCCGCAAUGCCGGCCUCAUGUCGGAUGGCGACGUCGGGAUGCGCGAUGCUGCCGGCCCAAGUCGGUCCAGGAGCGGAGGCCGGGCAGGAAGAGCCUCGGGCACCAGCUCUCCACUCUAUGCCACGCAGAGCGAUGGUCAGGGCACGUCUGGCCGGCAGGGCAAGGGCGCGGCUCGGCAGCGCGCCAACCCUCUCGGGAGCCGGCCCAACGCCAAAAAGGGCAACCUCAAUGUCAAUGAUGGCCUCAGGCCAGGGAACACUGCCGCCAUCCUUGGCAGCGUCCCCAACUCCAAGGCCAAGGGCGGAGGCCGCAUUCCUGGCGGCGGAGGCCUGCCCUUCGUCGGCGGCGAUAGUGGUCCCAAGUCCCACAACGUUGUCUCGGUGGUCAAGCGCUUCCUCGAGUCGCGGUGGAACGCCGCAGCCAAGUUCCUCAACCUCGAAAACAUGAAGGCCGAUCCGAUCCUGGCCGCCGAGAACAUCAAGCCACCCGGCGUGCCUGGCUGCCCCAGGGAGCUCUCCAAUGUCAUGUGGAAGAUCUGCUCCGAAGUGUACCCCGACGUCAUCACCGUCUCCCUCGCCCACAACGACUUGUCCAACCUCGGCUCGGUCCACACGAUGCCGGGCUUCCUCCCCAAGCUGCAGAACCUUUCGCUCGAGGGAAAUGAGCUGCGGUGGGCCAAAGAUCUCGACACGCUGGCAAGCGGCAAGCGCGGCCGCUUCGAGGCGCUCAAAGAGCUCCUGCUCUCUGGCAACCCGGUCCACUCCAACGCCGUCGCGGCGGGCAAUGAGGAGGGCUACCGCCUCGAGAUCCUAUCGCGCUUCCCCAAACUGACGAUGCUCGACCAGAAGCCGGUCACGCCGACCGAGUCGGGCUUCGCCAACCUACCGCGGUCCAGCAAGUCCAAGAAGCUCGACGCCGACGCCGCCCAAGUGCCGUUGCGCAACUUCCCAAUCCAGGUCAAGGCCGGGUUCGUCGACGGCGACGCAGGCGCCAUCAUGCCCGCCUUCCUGUCCAAGUUCUUUGCCCUCUACGACAACGACCGCAAUGCGCUCAAGGAGGCGUACGCGCCGUCGGCGCAGUUCUCGUACACCGUCAAUGUCGCGCCGGCGCCGCGGGCAAAGGCGGCCGGCUACCUCCACACGAUGCCGCACCAGAAGGGGCUCAGCUUCGACCGGUACAAUACGCUCGGCGGCCGCAACUUGAUGCGCAUCCACGGCUCCAAAUCGCGCACCACGUCGCUCCACCUCGGCAGCGCCCGGAUCGUCGAGAUGCUGGCCAAGCUGCCCAGGACGACGCACCCGCUCACCGACGCGUCCAAGUUUGUCUUUGACGCCUGGGUGGUGCCGAACAACGUCAUCGGCGCCAGCAUCCGGGCGGGCGAGCAGCCGGAGGCGGUGCUCUUUAUCAGCGUCCACGGCGAGUUUGCGGAGCUGCCGUCGACGGGCGUCCGCUCGUUUGACCGGACGUUUGUGGUUGCGCCGGUGCCGCCGGGCUCCGAGGCGGCCAACGCCGGGUGGCCCUGUGUCGUCCUGUCGGACCAGAUGACGGUCCGACACUACUCUGGCACCACCGCCUGGGCCCUCGAUGCGCUGCCGACGGGAGAGGUUGGCGCGCCACCGGUCCAAGCUCAGGCCCAGCCCCAGGCGCCGACCCCCACCGCACCACUUGCCGCGCCUUCCACCAACGGGGCGUCGGCGGGCGCCGUUCCGGCCAACCUUCCGCCACACCUGCAGAACCAGGCGCCCGCCCCGGGCCUCAGCGAGCAGCAGCACGCCAUGUCGCUGCAGCUGGCCGCCCAGACCGGCCUGAUCUAUCCGUUUGCGGUGCAGUGCCUGCAAGAGAACGGCUGGGAGCCGAACCAGGCCAUGACCAACUUCCAGGCGCUCAAGGCGAGCAACGCCAUCCCACCAGAGGCCUUCGCCCCGGCGUGA